AUGAAUACAGACAUUUCAGAGAAUAACGAUACCAAUAUUUAUAACGCUACAACUGAAAAUGAAAAAUUAUAUUCUAUCCAUUCUACAAAGAAAAAAAAAAAUUAUGAAUUGGUAAAUAAUUCUGAUGAAACGUAUAAUUAUAUAUCUCAUCAUAAUUUGAAAGAUUUUAAUAAUGAUGUAUUAACUACAAUUCACAAUGAUGACAAGGAUACAAUAAAUUAUCAUAAGAACGAUGAAAAAAUAAAACAUGUAGAAAGAGAAGAAGACAAUAUAAAUAAAACACAUAUAGAAAUGUUAAGAAAAUUAAAAUCAAACCAAGAAAUAAAUUUAAAAAGAGGUGAAGAAAUAAACAAAAAUGUGUGUACAUUCUUGUAUGAUGAUUUUAUAUUAUCCAAAAAAAAAAAAGGGUUGAAUAAAAUUAUAAAUAAAUUAUCUCUCAAUACAUUCAACUUGUAUUUCCGAAAGCAUUCGAAUUGUUAUAUUCAAGUUCCACCAGUCCUAAAUUUAUUGAGAGGAGAUAUAGACGAUAUAUUGAUUGGUCUAAAAUAUUUGUUUGACAAUAUUGACGAAAUAAAUUUCCUCAUUUUAAACUUUUUAAAUAAAUUAAAAAAAAAAAAAAAAAUUCAAAAGAAUAAAGUCUUAUUACAUUUGAUAGAUUUUAUAUUAAAUAAACUAUUUGAAAAUAAUUUAAAUUAUAGAUAUAAAAAGACAUGCAUUCUGGACUUUUAUGAUAAUUUGAUGUUUAAUAAAAAUACAUUCUUCGAGUCAGGAAUAAUAAACGAUGCAAUUAAUAUAAAAGACUUAAGAUUAAUAUAUUUCUACAAACAUAAUAUUAAAAUGAAGAAGGAAAAAAAUUUCCUUGUUAAAAACAAAAUAUAUAAUUAUGAUAAAAAUAGAGAACAAAACAUAUUACAAAAGAGGGAUAAGAAAAAUGAAGAUAAUACGGAUCAACAAUAUUAUCAUAAGAAUGAUAACAUUAACAAAUGUAAUUAUUUUGUAAUAAAUCAAAGUACUCAUUUAUUAAAUGAAAAAUAUUAUAGAAAGAAAAGAAGAAAAAAAAAAUAUGUAUGUGGUGAAAUUCCAUUACCUAACAAAAAUAUAGGUAUUCAUAAAUAUUUAAAAAACAAAUCAAUAUUUGAUAAUUAUGGUUACAAUAAUUUGGUUAUUAACAACAAGAAAGAAAUAUUCUACAAUAUGGAUAAAUGUGUUCAGAAAUAUAUAACUGAUCAAAGAAAAUGUGAAGAAAGCGAGACUAAUAUAUGUACCUGUAUUCCUAAUAUUAUUGUAAAUGUAAAUAGUGAUGCAAGAUUGAGAGAAAUUAUUAAUACAGCAAAGAAAGAAGUCAGAAAUGUAAAGAACGUUUUAAUCAAAAUCAAAAAGAUCGAACAUUUAGUUGACAAACUAAUUAAGUAUGAUAAGGAAAAUAUUAUUGUAGAGGAUAAAAAUGAAGAGACAAAGGGAAAGAAAAAAUGUUCACAAAACAAAUUGAAUAUGACAUAUGAACACCAAGGAGGAGAAGGAAAAGAAUAUUAUUUAGAUGAAGAUAAAACAGGAGACAGUCAACAUAAUGAACAUGUGCAUAAUGAAAAUAUUAAAUGCAUAAAAAAAAAAAGUAAUAACGAAGAUAUAAAUAUAUACUUAGAAAUUAAUCAAAGGGGUAUAAAUAAUGACCAUAUAAAUGAUGACCAUAUAAAUGAUGACCAUAUAAAUGAUGACCAUAUAAAUGAUGACCAUAUAAAUGAUGAUCAUAUAAAUGAUGACCAUAUAAAUAAUGAUCAUAUAAAUGAUGAUCAUAUAAAUGAUGACCAUAUAAAUAAUGAUCAUAUAAAUAAUACUUUAAAAAAUAAAUUAAACGAAAAAUGUUUCCUUCAAAAGGACAAUUACAUAAAUAGUAGGGGAAAGCAAAAAAAAGGAUUAAUUAAAAGAAAAUACAAUGAACUAACAAAUGAAGAGAAAUUAAAACAUUGUAAACACAAAAACGAAUUAGAAAAUUAUCCCAAUAUGAGAAAAACAUUUUCACAAAUAUUUUCAUCUGAGGAAAGGGAAAGAAAACGAAAAAGAAAAGAAAAGAGAGAAAAAAAAACAAACACAAAAGAUGAUGUUGAUAGAAAGGAUAAAAGCGAUAAAGAUAAUAAAAAUUAUGAAAAUAAUACAAAUGAUAAAAGUGACAAAAAUGAAGACGAAAUAUCUUCUCAAAAGGAUAGUGACGAAAGUAUAAAAACUUUUUAUUUUGAGGAAUUUGAUUUUAAUUUUGUUUUACUGGGAAGUGUGAAAAAAGGUUCAGAUAGGCAUAAGUCUUUAUUGUUUAAAGUCUUGUGUGAUUCUAUUGAUAUACCAUGCAGAUAUAUACGUUAUGUUAAAAACAAAACAGUUCAUUAUUUUAAUCUUGUAUUAAUUCCUUCUAUACCAGCCCAAAAUAUUACGGAGUGUUUAAUACCUAUUUUUUGGGAAAAUAAUAAGAUAAAAAUUAAAACGAAUUUGAAUAUUCAAUCAAAAAUAACAAUAUCUAAUUUUUUGAAUAAUAUAAAAAUUAAAUUUAAUUUUCUCGAUAAUUUCUUCCUAAAAAUAUGGGAAAAUAAUAAUGAAGUCAUAAAUAUAGAAGAUUAUUUCAUAUUUGAAAAAAAACUAGGAAUGGGUGGAUUCGGUGAAGUGUGGAAGGUAAAAUUAAAGAACGGAACAGAUUUACAUAAUUCGUUUUUUUAUUCUGAUAUCAAGAAUACUUCGACGUUUGCCCUGAAAAUAUUGGAUAUGAACGAAUUUAAUUUGAAUGAAUCUAUCAUUAUGAGAGAAAAGGCACAUACAAAUAUUGUCAAAAUUUAUUGUGUUUUUAAAGGAUAUCAAAUAUUAAUAAAUAGACAGAAAGAAAACGAAAAGAAAGAAUCCCUUUGCUUUCUUCUUGAAUUAGCCGAUACGUCUUUAGAAAAAUUAUUUUGCGACAAAAGGACUGUAUACAAUUUAAAUUUUGUGAGACUCACACUUUUGGAGAUAGCCAACAUAAUGUCCUAUAUCCAUAAGCCUAAUAUUAAACAAGAGUUUUAUAUAUAUCGUGACUUGAAACCAGAUAAUGUCUUAAUAAAGGGUAAGAAGAUAUUAAUAACCGAUUUUAAUUUAUCAAGAAAAGUAGAUCAAGAUUUUGAAUUUUUAAUGAGUCAAUGCUGUGGGACAAAAGGUCAUUUAGCACCUGAGCAAAAAAGUGUAUGUUAUGAUAAAAAUGUGGAUGUUUGGGCUUUCUCUAUUAUUAUAUCUAAAUUUUUAAAACAUCAAAAUUUUCACUACUUUUCUCAUUGUAUGUAUGAUAUUAAUUUGAGUCAUUUUGAAAUUCAAGAUGAAUUUUUAAUAAAUUUGUUACUAGCUUGCAUUGAUGACAACCCUUUCAUGAGACCAACAUUUGAGGAAAUAUCUCACUUGCUCUUCAAUGAAAUUAUAAGAAACGAAUUGGAACAAAAUACCCGCUUAAAAAUGAUGAAUAUUUUUAAUUAUAAAAAAAAAAGAAAAGAAAUAAAACCAUGA